CAUCCUAAAAGUGGUGUCGAAAGUUCGCAAUUUCCACAGACAAAGCAAAUCGGAUCCAAUCGAUGAUUCCGGCGAGGAGUUUUCUGUUAUCUCCGUUCGUUGGCGUCACGUUGAUCGCCGUUCUCGUCGCUUUCUACUUCAGAACUUCCCUCAAGUCUCCACAACACCAAAGGUUGUUCUCUGCUGAAGAAUUGGCUUUGUACAAUGGCACUGAUGCAACAUUACCUAUACUCUUAGGGAUUCUUGGAUCUGUGUUUGAUGUGACGAAAGGAAAAUCUCAUUACGGUAGUGGAGGAGGUUACAAUCAUUUUGCUGGAAGAGACGCUUCUCGUGCAUUUGUUUCUGGGAACUUUACAGGAGAUGGACUUACAGAUUCGUUACAAGGGUUAUCUAGCAGUGAGGUGAAGAGCAUUGUUGAUUGGCGAGGUUUCUACUCCAGGACCUACUCUCCUGUUGGGAAGCUUGUUGGGCGGUUCUACGAUAGCCAAGGGAAUCCAACUAAACACCUGAAAGGAGCUGAAGCAAAAGCCUCCAGAGGUGCACAACUCAUGGAGAAACAGAAGACUGAGGAAGCCAAGCAACCGAGUUGCAACUCACGAUGGAGUCAAGAUGAAGGUGGAGAGGUCUGGUGUGAUGUUGGGGUGCCGAGAUUGGUACAAAGACCUUUGGAGAUAGCAAUAACGGGUUCGAUGAGCAAACGUUGUGCUUGCUUUGAGGAAGACCAACUUGAUCAGUCUGGCUUGGAGAUCUAUAAAGACUGUGAACCUCAUGCCAAGACUUGCAGGGUUUGAAUAUGAUUCACGAGACUUGUCUUAACAAGUUUGCAAUAGCUAGUUCCUUCUUUGAGCCGUGUACUCCUUGUAUAAUAUAUAGCACAGAAGUCUUUUUUGGUAUGAACGCAUUGCGUGUAGUUUAUGUGUACAUUAAACGGAAAAUAGUUCUAAAUACUACGGUGUUUUGGUUA